GCCACAGCCUCCUGUUGCUGCGCUGCGGUUCGGAUCCAGCUGGCUGGCUCUGCGAGUCAAGUGGCCCGCAGCCGGAGGGCCUCUGAGGGUGCGCACAGUGGGGUGACAGGCAGCCUUGCUGAAGAAAAAGUGCACCGGUGCCUGAGGUGGGAGGAUGUGACGCCGCUGUGCCCCCGCGCAGUGGGAACUUGGGCCUUUAAAAGGCCGAGGAAACAGCCUCUGAGCAAGCAGUGGCUGCACUGGAGGAACGCACACCCAGGUCUCACAUUAAAGAAGUCAAACUGUCUGCUUCAAAGAGAAAAGGCAACAUCCUGUCACAGGCCAUGCUCUGGCAAAAACCCACAGCUCCGGAACAAGCCCCAGCCCCACCCCGGCCAUACCAGGGUGUCCGUGUGAAGGAGCCGGUGAAGGAGCUGCUCAGGAGGAAGCGUGGCCAUGCCAGUGGCGGGGCAGGGGUCACACCUACUGCGGUGGUGUUGCCACAUCAGCCCCUGGCGACCUACACCACAGUGGGUCCUUCCUGCCUUGACAUGGAGGUCUCCGCGUCCACAGUGACGGAGGAAGGGUCUCUGUGUGCUGGCUGGCUCUCCCAACCCGCCCCAGCCACCCUCCAGCCCCUGGCCCCAUGGACGCCCUACACUGAGUAUGUGUCCCAUGAGGCUGUCAGCUGCCCCUACUCAGCUGACAUGUAUGUGCAGCCCAUGUGCCCCAGCUACACGGUAGUGGGGCCCUCCUCCGUGCUGACUUACGCCUCCCAGCCGCUCAUCACUAAUGUCACGACGAGAGCUGCCGCCACGCCGACAGUGGGGCCACAGCUGGAGGGCCCCGAGCACCAGGCGCCCCUAACCUAUUUCCCAUGGCCUCAGCCCCUGUCCACGCUGCCCACCUCCACCCUUCAGUACCAGCCUCCAGCCCCAGCCCUGCCCGGGCCCCAGUUUGUCCAGCUCCCCAUCUCCAUCCCCGAGCCAGCCCUUCAGGACAUGGAAGACCCCAGGAGACCCGUCAGCUCCCUGACCAUCGACAAGCUCCUUUUGGAGGAGGAGGAUAACAACGCCUAUGCGCUCAACAACACGCUGUCUGUGGAAGGCUUUUAGGGCUGGCUCCCACCCGAGAAUCCUGUUCCCUGAAACUGGGAUUUUAAAUUGAGCCUGGAAUUCAUCCUCAGAUUCAUAUUUGUUUGGAGUAGUCAUUUCGUUACCACACUUUCUAUUCAAACUAAAACUGUAGACUUUCAUUCCUUCCUUCCUUUGUCCCUCUCUCCCUCCCUCCCUCCCUUCAUCCAUUCCUGCCUCCCCCCUUCCUUUUCCUUUCCCAUUUCUUUUUCCAAUUUGUUCCUUUAUGAGUGGGAAUUACAAGCGUUUUACAGAUAAUAUUGAUGUCAAGUGUUGCAAAUAUGUGAAGCAGGUGUUUUUAUUUCUGCCAUGCUUGCUCCCUGGAGAAGGCCCCGUCAGAGUGCCUGCUGUUUUAGCACAGCCACAGGCCUGCUGAGCUGUCCUGGGGUCAGUGCAGCCCUGCCCUCUGUCAUUCUGUGAUUUGUGGGGUGCCCUGCAGGAAGGCCGGUCCUGCCAUUCCUCCAGGGCCAGCCCGAUGCCGGAGUCCUCGAGCUGUGGGUCACCAGGGCUGCUCCUUUGUUUGCAGUUCUGAGCACUGGCCAGAUUUACAGUCUAGGCAGCAGAGUUUCAAGGCCUGGGGCUCAGUGAGAUGGGGGUUUGGGUGGGGGACAAAAAAGAACAGAGUGGGUAGGGGCAGGGACAGGAGGGAUGGGAACAUGGGGGACAAAGGAGGGAAAGGUUGGGUUUUGGGGGGAUAAUGGGGGCUGAGGAAUGGUUUAGCUCCAGAUUACUUGGUUAUUAAGAAGGCAAAUAAACUCAAGAAAACUGUUACUUUAGUAGGUGGUUUUGCUAUUUUCCUUGAAGAUACUUGCAGGAAAAGCUGAGCUCUAGUGAAGAGGGUGGUUGAAGCGUCUGACUGCUUCUUCCCACGUCAGGACCCUCUGUGGAGCUGUGUGGUGGAGGCUGAGACUCAGCAACGCCCAGCAGUGGCAGGGGUCUUUGCUUAGUGCUAUCACACAUGCUUCUUUAGUGUCUUA